CUCUCUCCAAUUUCUUAGACAAAACGCAUGAACAACACCGCCCCCUCCUUCGCCGCCCCCGCACCCCCCCUCCCACCACCCCUCGAUUAUAAAAUAGGAAGAGAAUAAUAAAUUACUCGCGUUGGGAGGGAUUUGGGAGGCGGAGAGGAGGAGGAGAAAUUGAGCUAGGGUUCAAAGAUCCAUCCUUUACCUGCGUAAUCGAGCGAGCGACUCCAUAGUAAUCGUGAUCGUGAUCUCCUGCAAAUUGAUCCCAAUACCCGACCAAUGGAUUCCGAUCUCUGGAUCUCGCGCCUUGCUGCGGCGAAGAGGCACUACUCGCUGCUGCUCCAGAAUCAGAAUCGCCAAUUAGAUCGGCUCGGAUUCAACGAUUUGGAGGUGGAAGAGGAGAUCCGCGGCGAUUUCUCGUGUCCGUAUUGCUACGACGAUCACGAUUUCAUGUCGCUGUGCGCCCAUUUGGAGGAGGAGCACUCCCUCGAGUCCAAACUCGCCCCUUGCCCCAUUUGCUCCGUUAAAGUUCAACGGGAUAUGCUGAACCAUGUUACCCUUCAACAUGGUCAUCUAUUUAAGAGGCGCCAUAGGCUGCGCAGAGUUGCUGUUCCUAGUACACAGUCUCUUUCUCUGCUGGGGAGAGAUCUAAGGGAGGCUCAUCUGCAGGUGCUCUUAGGAAGUGGUGGCUAUCGAUCUGGUUAUACUACUAAUGCAUCAACUGCAGUUGCUGAUUCACUUCUCUCUUCGGUUGCUCUAAAUUUCCCUACAUUAGAUCCCGAGGAAACGGUGAAAUCUUUCCUUCCCGCUGUGGAGGAUGCUUGCUUUAAGAAAGCAACACCUGCGAGGAAUUGGAAAUUGAGUCUUGAUUCUUCUUUGAGUCAUGAGGAGAGGGAGCAAAGGCGAAGAAGGGCUGCUGUUAGGGCAUCGUUUGCUCAGCACCUUUUGGUCUCCACUCUUUUUGGUGACUAGAUAAGGUUUGGAAUGUACCGUCGCUGUAAGGAUGGGCUGUCGGCGAUUCCAGCUGGCAUUAACCGGAUGAAUGGAGGAUAAAUGCUAAUUUCUUUUUACUCAUCACCAAACUGAAGCGACCCUCAAUUCGAAUAUGUGAGAUUCCAAAAUUAUGGGAAAUAGAGGAAAAAGCCCAUUCUCAUUGUCUUUUGAGUUUUUUCUUCUGCUGCGUGCCUGCCCCUGCGGCGGACGCUUUCGCCUUUCAAUUGUCAAGCCUAUACCAAGCCAUCCUAAUUAUUUUUUUCUUAUAAGAAUUCAUCAACCCUUUGGAACUUCAAUAUAUAACUUACUCUGUUAAAUUUGAUCGAACACUUUGGGAAAUUCUUUUCUUAUUUAGAAAAGCGGAA